UUUUUUUUUUAACAUUUAGACAAACUUAUGCUCGGUCGACGGUUUUUUUCAAUAACAAGGACAUUAUCACAUGAAAAUCCUUUGGGUAUACCACGAUCACCUGGCAAAUCAACAACAGCAAAACCGCCACCUAAUAUACCACGGAUGCAACGAGGACUUCCAACCAAACAAGCGAUUCGAGGAGUGAAAAAUGUAAUAGUAGUAUCUUCUGGAAAGGGUGGUGUGGGCAAGUCAACAACAGCAGUGAAUCUAGCAUUGGCAACGGCAGGAAUGAAACAUCGUGUGGGGAUCUUGGAUGCCGAUCUAUUUGGUCCAUCGAUUCCAUCCUUGAUGCAUUUAAAAGGUGAACCUGAACUGACAGAAAAUGGGGAUCGUUUGGUACCACUUAUGAACUAUGGUGUACAGUGUAUGUCUAUGGGUUUUUUGAUCCCUCAAGAUGCUCCGGUGGUAUGGCGUGGUCUGAUGGUCAUGAAGGCUUUACAACAACUUUUACAUCAAGUUGAAUGGAAGGAUGUGGAUUAUCUAUUUGUUGAUAUGCCUCCGGGUACAGGUGAUGUCCAACUCACACUUAGUCAACAAGUUAUUAUCAAUGGUGCUGUUAUUGUUUCUACUCCUCAAGAUAUUGCUCUUAUUGAUGCUGUCAAAGGAACUAAUAUGUUUAAAAAAGUCAAUGUUCCGAUUUUGGGAAUGGUGCAAAAUAUGUCCUUAUUCAUUUGUCCAAAUUGUCAACAUGAAACUCAUAUUUUUGGUGAUGAUGGUGCAAUGAGAAUGGCCAAUAAAUUAGAGAUUCCAUUUUUGGGUGAAGUGCCACUUCAUGCUGAUAUUUGUCAUUUAUCUGAUACUGGUCAACCUAUUGUGAUUUCUCAACCAGAUAGUGCAUUUGCUGCUCAUUAUCGUACGAUUGCAAGCAAUAUUAUUGAUUCCUUGAACAAACAAAAAAAUAUCCCCUAG